AAGCGCCUUCGGGCCCUCCCAGCGGAAGCUGGGCCGGGCUGGGGCGGGACGGGGCGCGGCUGGGGGGAUUUUGGUUUUUGCCUCCACCGAGAUAGUGUGGGGCAUCCAUGCGGCGGCUGGUUUGUCUCCUGUACCUUCCGCUCCUCCUGGCACAUGAGGACAGUGAGGAAGUAGUUGGCAUCAUGGGAGAGAAUUUUACUUUUCCAGUACAAAUAGACCGAAAAAUAGUGGAAAUUGUCUGGAAGAAAAACAAGGAUAAAGUGGCUGAAUGGGAAGAGCAUAACAAACCGACAUAUUUUGGUCAUCUCCUCGACAGGAGUGUACUUAUGGAGAAUGGAUCCUUGACUAUAGUUAACUUGAAGAAGGAUGAUGCUGGCACAUAUGAGUUAGUGUACCGAGUAAAUGUGGAAGAUCACCAGUUAAACUUCAAACUCAAUGUGUUAGAUUCCCUUCCAGAACCUAAAAUAAGUUGCAACACCAGUGAUGGUAAACUUGUAUUAAACUGUACAGCAAAUUUCCCGUGGCUUCUGAAUUACACUUGGAAGCUCAAUAACAAUCCACAGAGUUAUCCGAACCAGGAGCUUUCCAUCCCUUUGCAGAAUGUUGAUAUUACCACCAAUGCUACAUGUAUCAUUAAAUAUUCACAAACGGAAAGGAGCUCUGAAAUCUCUUUGAUGCAAUGCCUUCCAGAAGAAAAAGGAGACAGUUCUCACAAACGACACAGAAGUAUUCUUAUUUCCCUCUUUAUUGCAUUUGUUAUCCUAGUGGUAAUCCUAGAAUUCCUGCGCAGGAAAGGUAUAAUUAAAUGUGGAAUAAAAAGAAGGACUGCUCAGAAUAACAGUCCAGUGAAUGGCUCAGGAGAACAUGAGCAACUUUUCCCUGGGAACAGCCAACAACAAUCUAAUUCAGAGGGAGCUGCGUUUUCACACACUGUUCAAUGUGAGAAUGAAAACCCUGAAGCAGACAGAGUAUUGAAUGAGAAUGACAGGACCCUGAAAGACAAGCAGAUAGUUAAGAAUGGUGUAAAUCAGGAAGAAGUGACCCAGGAGGCAGAAGGUGAAAAUGGGGGGCACCCGGUCAACUCUUCUAGCUGCACUGAAGAAGAUCUUAAAGCAUAAGCAAAUAAUUGCUUUGUUGCUCAAACAAAUAUGGAAGAAAAGUGGUAGAAUUCAGUGAUGAAGUAGGUGCUACCUUUUCACUUGAAGGGCUUCCACAAGCAAUGAAGUUGUCAGAGCUGCAUCAAUAAGCCCCUUGAAGACAGGCUGAACUGUUUCCAGUGUCUAUUUUUCUUCUUCAGGAAAGACAGCCUCCUUUCCUAGUGUUACUAUGUGAAGACAAAUAGCAUAAAUCAUGGACAAAAUCUUUUGAAUUAUUUUAUGUAUGGUUUUAACAAGCCAUAUGUUUUGUUAUGGUUUGUUAUAUAGUGUGUUUUAUGGUUUUUUUUUUUACUAACACACUAAAACCUCUUUGUAGUUAAUAUUUAGAGAUUCACAAAGUUUUAUAUAUUUGCAUGAAUGUUGUCAAAUCAAAAAAUGAUUGGUUUUCACUUUUUUUAUCAGUGCCUUUUUACAGUCAGAAAAAAAACUUCAUCAUUCAGCAGGCCAGAUGGGUUUGCACUGGGAAGUUUGCAUUUUCUAGUCUUGGUUCUGGACAAAACUAUGUCCUAGAUUUCCCAGGUGCCUGGUAAAUGGAUCAUCUCCUGACAGUGGUUCAUUCUGUGAUAAAACUACAUUUCAGCUUGGUGCACUGGAACAAAGAUGUUAUUAACAACAGGUUUGGGCUUUUCUUAAAGCUUUUUAUAUUUUUUGAACUUUUAGGACUUUUCAUAUUUUUCUAAGAAUUUCAUCUCACUCCUAGGAAAUAAUAGUAUGUUUUUAAGUUGCUUGAGACUAGAACAAAAACUUGAAAACUGAAGUUGUGUUAUGUAAUGAAGUUUAGAAGGAAUCAAAAAGAAAAAUGCCAUGCAUUAGUAUCUUCAGAACAUCAAGCUAUGGAGUGUUUUUCAUUAUGUUUACAUGCUGACUGUUUAAGAAAUUUGAAAGCCAGUUUGGUUCAUUUUGAACAUGGUAUGUGUAAAGAAUCAUGAAGGUUUGACACUGGUAACUGAAGAUCAGAAUCUUCAGCUUUCCCCUUGUUUUGACUUUUGUCCUUUCCACUCCCACAGCUUCUUCUUCUAUUUGCAGCUGUACUGCAUGAGUGUACAGCUUGUAUACUGUAAACUGUACAAAUGUUCAAAAGUCUCUUUUGGUAGGACUAGACCUUUUAUGUCUACUGUUCUCUGUAAAUGUAAUUUAUAAAAAAAUAUUUAAGAUGUAAAAAAACCUUGUCUUGUCUUUUUGUAAUAUAUGCAUGCAUUUUUUUAUUUAACCUUAAAAGUUACUAACUGAUCCACAACCAAAACGAUGUAUUUUAUACAGGUUUGUUUUUUUUUUUUGUUUGAUUGCUGGGUUUUGGAGAUCACUGUUCCUGAUCCAAGUGUCCUUAUCCAUUCCACCUUCAAUAAAUUUAUCAGGAUAAUGCUGUCUGCUUCUCAAUAACUUUUUAACAAGUCUCCACACAAAUAUAUCCUUUGUUGUGGUUAUCAUGGUAAAACCUGUAGCUUGUUUGCCUGCUUGGGCAAAGCCUUCUUUUCUGUUAUUAAUGUGAGAAAUUAUAGUAAAAAAUGUUGGUAGAACUGGCUGAAACUAGUUCCAGAAACUAUACCAGUUUGUGUCAUGGUCUCCAUUCAUCCCAUGCAAUUUCAUACUAAACAACACAGAAAGGUCUCAUUAUAGUGUGGUUUUGAAAAGUCUUUGACAGCUGGUAUAACUGACAUUGUUUCCAAAGCAAGAAGAACAGUCUUCAAAAAUAGUAGGCAGUUGUGGUUAAUUAACCUCAGUUGCUGGAAGUCUUCAGAAUAGUUUGUGGAAUUUUGGAGCUUGAUCAGAAGUAGAAAAACCCAUUUACAUGGCAGGCUGACAUAAGACCAAGAACUACAGGCCCUACAGUCUCUCACUGCCAGCUUUCACCCUUUUACCUUGCACAGGUUCUUCUGUGCAUGAGAAACUUCUGGUAGAACAGCAAACCACAGUUUUCAAAGCAACAGUGAAGCUUUUUUGUUAAUUACUCUUGUUGUUUCUUUGGUUUUAUGAGGGGUAGAUUUUGGGGUUUUUUUCCUAUAAGGAUGUGAAGUCAUACAUUUGUGAGAAUAAAUUCACCUGAUUUCCUGCUGGUUUUGGUGACAGUAUUUGCAGUGCCAUUUCCUGCGUUCUCUUCAAUUGUCCUCACAGUAACUAAAGAAGAAUAAACUUUGUUUUGCUGUGAAAAGCUUCUGUCCAAUCUUACUUGACAGUGAAUGGAAAAACAGGCAGUUUUCAAUAGCAGAGAGUAGAAGCUCACUUGGAACACAGUUACUUCUGGCCUGUGAAAAACUUGAACCCAGGAAAUGCUGACUGUAUUUCAGGAACUGAGCCUGCCCUCCAGCAUCCUUGAUGCUGGUAGUAAGACCUGUGUUUGUUAAUAAGCAAACUCAGAGUGUGUAGAGGCUGCUGUUAAGUACUUGUGCUCAUAAGUCAUAGCCUGACUGAUUCCUUGG